AUGGGCAUUGGGACAGCAAGGGACAUCGAUGUACCAAAGGGCAUUGAGGUACCAAAGGGCAUGGAGGUACCAAAGGGCAUGGAGGUACCAAAGGGCAUGGAGGUACCAAAGGCCAUUGAGGCACCAAGGGGCAUUGAGGCACCAAAUGGCACUGAGGCAUAUGCACCAAGGGGCAUUGUGGGCAUUGAGGUACCAAAGGCAAUUGAGGCAUAUGCACCAAGGAGCAUUGAGGCGCCAAAGGGCAUUGAGGUACCAAUGGGCAUUGAUGUACCAAAGGCCAUCGAUGUACCAAAGGACAUUGAGGCACCAAGGGGCAUUGCAAUACCAAUGGGCAUUGAAGUACCAACGGGCAUUGAUGCACCAAGGGCAUUGAGGCACUAA